AUGGCAGCCACGAAUGGCGGGGCAUGGAGCUAUGCCGUACCCUUGGACGAGAUGGAUGGCAAUAUCAGGCAUCUGCCGCACCGACGGGACACGAUGGGCAAUCCAGAGCACGAGGGCAAGAAGCUGCAGCAGUUGGACAAACGUCCCAGCGCUUGGGACCUGAUGUCCGACUCGGAGACGACCAAGCAGCGGAGGACGUCGAUGCGACAGAACAACACCACCGCGGGACGGAAACGUUCACGCAACCAGCUCCGAGAGAUGCGGCAGCAGCACGACGAGAACAAGAAAGGGCAGGUGCCAGGCGUGGACGACUCGGCAUGGAUACACAGGGACAAGCUGGCGCAGAUAGAGAUCCAGGAGAUGGCAGAUGCGGGCAUAUCCGUUCGACGCUCUCGCCGCUCAGAGAGCGCUGGUCCCAACGAUGCCAGGAACGGGCGUUCGCUCAGUCGCUCCAGCGCGCAUCGACCGCGAAGUCGCACGAGCCAGACCCGCCAGAAUGACAUCAGCAACGAUGUGGAUUAUGCCAAUGCGUACCCUGCCUACGGUGAUGAAUCUCCUCGCAAGCGCGUUUCGACCGUACCCUCGGCACCAAAUGAAGCGCCAGAGCCAGAGCCAGAGCCUAUGCGGCAUGAGCAUCAUCCUGCUGCGGAUGCUGACUACAAUCCAUACAGAGACGCCGACUUCCGCAACCCAGAAGACGUCGCUCGGGAGCGACAGGCAUACAAGGGACAGAUGGCUCGCCCAAGCACGUCCCGCAUACCUGUAUCACGCGUGACACCAGUCCCUGUGCCAAAGGACAUUGCAGACCGAGAUUCACCUCUCCCUCGAAGCCGCGCAGGCAGCCAGAAUUGGGGCAGCAGCUUUGAUGAGAUGCGCAAUGCCCGCAAGAUUCGCAGUCCUAGCGUGAGCAGUGCAAUCUUGCUGGAUUCUGACCCGGAGAAGUCUGAAAAGUCCAAGACGACACCACCUGGGAGCUCUUCAAACAAGAACUCGUCGAACGACGAGUACAGUCCUCCAAAGAGUCGCGUCCCUACGAAAGCAACGCCUGGCUCAAGGAAGACUUCGCUCCCGACCGCUACGAAUAGACCUGGCUCUUCGCACCAGAACAAGCGGGCAGUCUCUGGUGCAACGACUCAGCGACCUGGCUCCAGCUCAGGACGAGGACAUAAAUCACGGCCAUCUACUGGCCGACACUCUCCGCCGGAAGGAGAGGCACCUUGGAUUGCGAGCAUGUACAAGCCAGACCCGCGACUGCCGCCGGACGAGCAAAUGCUGCCAACUCAUGCCAAGCGGAUGAUGCAGGAGCAGUGGGAGAAGGAGGGGAAAUCUGGCACUAUCUACGACCGCGACUUCAACCUGUUGAACGAUGAAGAGCCUCCACGACCGAAGGUGCCUAUCCUGGACACACACUCAUUACUACCACCUAUCCCGCGAAGUCCGUCGCCUGAAAAGAAUCGAAUGUCGCCUAAUGGUUCUGCGAAUGGAGGACCUUGGCCACUCAGUCCCACGAAGUCUGACUCCCGCAGUGAAAACGGCAGCGUCAGGCCAGGUACGAGUGGCGGCUACAAGAUCACGCCCACGAUUCCACCCUCAUCACCGCACAUACACCGCUCGAAUACAGCAUCGCCUAUCUCACCCGCACAGCCACCGACCACGGCCCACAACACGACACCACGAGUACCUGAUCUCGAUGAGAAGGAAGAAGCCAAGGCCAAGAAGGCUUGCUGCUGCGUGGUGAUGUAG